CUCAGCAUGGGGAUUCACCACCAGCUGAGUUUUCUUGCAAGCUUGGUGCUUGUUAUUCACGCUGGACCGAUUUGAAAGCCCGCUGACAAAGAUGAAGCCACUGCAGCGCAUUACCUGAAGAGCUUCUACAAUCUAACAGAUAUGACAGAUGAAACAACUGCCUUCUGAAGAGAGGCCAGUCCACUGACUGAGAAGAUGAAGGAGAUGCAGAAGUUUUUCAGGCUUAAGGUCUCUGGAAAGCUGGACAAAGAAACAAUGGAGAUGAUGAAGAAGCCCCGCUGUGGAGUUCCAGAUGUUGCUGCGUACUCCACAUUUGGAGGCAAACCCAAAUGGCAGACCAACAAGCUCACCUACAGAAUCGUGAACUCUACCCCUGACAUGUCAAAAGCUGAAGUGGAUGAAUCCAUGGAGAAAGCCCUGCAGGUCUGGGCCAAUGUCACUCCUCUGAGAUUCACCCGUAUCUACAAAGGCACAGCUGACAUCAUGAUCUCCUUUGCUACAAGUUAUCAUGGUGAUGCUUCCCCAUUUGAUGGACCAUUAGGCACAUUGGCUCAUGCUUUUGCUCCUUCUCUUGGAAUCGGUGGAGAUGCACAUUUCGAUGAUGAUGAGUUUUUCACAUUCCGCUCAUCUAAAGGAAUUGUCCUGUUCUUGGUGGCCGCCCAUGAGUUUGGUCACUCUUUGGGUCUUUCUCAUUCCGACGUUCCUGGCGCUCUGAUGUUUCCCACAUACAGCUUUACUGAUCCGGAUCAUUUCUCUCUGUCCAGUGAUGACAUCAGAGGGAUUCAGUCGCUCUAUGGCCCAAACAGCGACAUAACCCCCAUCCAACCUCAUCCAGAAGUACCAACAACUCCUAAGGCCUGUGACCCUAAUCUGAUCUUGGAUGCAGCUACAACUCUAAGGGGUGAAACAAUGUUCUUCAAGGACGGCUUUUUCUGGCGUAGAUCUCCGAGCAGAACUGUGACGCAACUUCCGAUCAAGAGUUUCUGGGCCAGCGCUCCGGAUAAUAUAGAUGCUGCUUAUGAGGAUCCAGUGCAAGAUAAACUUUUCCUAUUCAAAGCUCUUUGCGAUGGCGCUCCCACGACAGCAUCACCAGAAGACCAUCAAAUAGCAGAGGCUUAUCUGUCGCAGUUCUACAGGGACAAGAACGCAACUACAUCCAGAGGCAGAAUGACGUUCCUCCCAAAUCUAGAAAAUGAACUGAAGGCCAUGCAGGAGUUUUUUGGACUGGAGGUCACGGGUAAGCUGGACUCGAACACUCUUGAGACGAUGAAGCUGCCGCGCUUUGGAGUCACUGAUGUGGCCAGAUACGGACACUUUCAGGGGAAGCCCAAGUGGAAGCAGAGCGUUGUAACAUACAGAAUAAAUCAUGGAGAUUUUUACCCAUUUGAUGGGCUUAAUGGGGUUCUGGCCCAUGCCAACGCACCCGGUCCAGAGCAGGGAGGAGACACACACUUUGACGAUGAUGAGAGGUGGACGCUAAGAUCACGAGGAGUUAGAACACCAAAACCAAAUCCUGGACUGACCCCACCAGAACCGUGUAAGCGUGACUUAGUAUUUGAUGCAGCAACCAGCAUUCGUCGACAAUUGUACUUCUUUAAAAAUGGGUAUUACUGGAAGAAGGGCUUCUACAGUGGACUUUCAAUGCAUGAAAUAAAAUUUACCUGGCCAACCAUUGACUCUGUUCAUGCUGCUUAUGAGUUCAGAGGCAGAGACAUUAGCUUCCUCUUCAAAGGUCAGCAGUACUGGGCAGUAAAGGGCAACACUACUUUGCCUGGAUAUCCCAAACCCAUAUAUAAAUUCGGGUUUCCCAAAUACGUGAGAAAGAUUGAUGCAGCUGUAUAUGUAAAGUCAACCAACCGCACUUUGUUUUUUGUUGGAACCAAAUACUGGAGCUUAAAUGAAAGAACAGCUCAGAUGGACAGAGACUUUCCUAAAACUAUUCGACGUAAUUUCCCUGGCAUUGGGUCACGGGUGGAUGCUGCUUUUGAAAAUGAUGGUUAUCUGUAUUUCUCAGAAGGUUCAAGGCAAUCGGAGUAUAAUUUCACCUCAAGACGAGUGAAUCGGUUUCUGUUGAACUAUGGAUGGCUAGACUGCUACUAA